UCCUGCAUCAUGGCAUUCCAUCUGUCAAGGUUAUUCUCAGGUCUUAGAGUCAGUCAAGUGUUACCCUGUGCCAGAACUAACUUAAUGGCUACCUGCACACUCCACUCUACCAGGCUACAGAGCCUCAAACACCUGAAAUGUGUGAAUACCCAGCCAAGCACCUGCUCUGGUAUAUCUCAGCUCACCAGACAACUUAGCACACUUUCCAUGUCUUCAGCAGACACAAACAGAUCACUUCUCCAACCCCUGAUGACAGCCAUUAAUGUCCAGCGUUCAAAAGUUGUGUGUAGUAGACAGAACGGCAAACCUAAAUGUGUGAGAGCUGUCACGAGACGCUUUUAUCGCCUGGACUGGGGUGUCUGGAUUCGACCAAAGGCAGGAAGACAUAAGAAACUUUGGAAGAAAAACAAAGGCCGCAAAUUUCGGAUAAGGCAACAUGUAUUCUGCAAUAAAACACAAUCCAAGCUGUUAGAUAAAAUGGUUACGGCAUAUUGGAGGCGCAAGAGAAAUUACGUAGAAGAUCCUUAUGAGCCUUAUCAACUGCGAACGAACUUUCCACUCGUGCCAGAUAAACCCAAACCCUUUUAUCCCUGAGUUUCUGAGCUGGAUUUAAUUUUGGACUACAUUUUUUUUCACUUAUUGUCAGUGUCGUGGAAUUGAAUACAAGAACUACUUUCAGAUUGUACACAUGUAUUGGGUAGUCGAGUGCAUUUAACGUUGGAAUAUCUCCAAAACAAAAACAAAAAGAUAAGAGCAUUGAUAAAAAUACCUGACAGUGGUUUUUGUGAAUUAUUUAGUUUAUUAAUAUCAGGAGUUGCAUCAAUAGUUAAAUGGUUUAGGACUGAAGGAGCCAUUCUUCAUUUCAUCUCUCUAGCCCUGACUUGAGUUGGAUAACAGAUAAGCCAAGAGAUCAGCAAAGCUGUUAAACUAGGUGAUUAUUGGUUUAUUAAGUUGAUUUUAACUACAGUGGCAAUGUACAUGUACGUCUUUUAUAUGCGCAAUCCUGAAAGUUACAAUCUACUUUAUAGCCUAAAAUUGCUUUGUAGAGCCUGGGAUUAAGAUAGAGGUCUAGAUCUUAAACCCAUGUUGAACAAAACCCAGGUCUUGGUAGAUCUCUUAAUUUUUUUUUUUUCUUUUUUUUUUGAAAAUUCUGAAUAAAGCCUAUUGUACAUGACAUGAAUUGCUUCCUUUUACAGUUAGUGAACAGUCCCAUGUAAAGUUGUUUGAACAGUUUUGGUGCAGUAGUUCCUGCAGCUCUGUAGAUUCCCAUUGCACCAUCUAGUGUACAUUAAAGACCCCUGGUCUUCCACCAACAUGGUGUGCCUAUAGGUACGUCACAUGUGGAAAAGUUACUCAUUAACUUGCCACCCAUAAUACUGACUACAAUUUUAUAAAUGAAACAUUCUUUAAUGUGGUGUUAAACGAUAAUCAGUAAAUCAUAUGUGUGUAAUUUAAUUGUAUACAUCUGAUUACUGAAUACAGGUAAUAACAAGACAUAGAUGAGAACUGCUUUAGGCUUGAAAGGCUUGCGAAACCUGCUCUUCUACAGGAAACUACUUUCCAGUAGGUGUAUAUGUCAUGGUACUUGUGAAGGCCUUGCUCACAAGGACCAGUGAGAGUGGGAUAUGUAUAACUAUCGUCCAAGGUUAGGAUUGAACACACAAUAGGUCUUGCUCUCAGCUUUCACUCGUAUCAAUGCACAGCUCUACCUUAG